UGGAAUAGGCUGUGAAUGAAACUCUGAUGAAAUAUUCCCACAACAUUACCCUUUCAUUGUAUUUUCAUUGAGCUGCAAUGGCUGCUAAACUAUUAUCUGUAAACAGCACCGUUUUCAAAUGUUUGAAAACUCUCCAACAGCGCUCUGCCCGGGAGUUUAGCGCUGGAGCUGCUUCUCUUGGUGGAGUGAAUUUAAAGGGUCGCAGCUGCCUCACUCUGAAAGACUUCAGCUCUGAUGAAAUCAAGAGGCUGCUGUGGGUCUCAGGGGAUCUGAAACAUCGUAUCAAACAUGAAAAACAGUAUCUUCCUCUUCUGCAAGGAAAGUCGAUUGCUAUGAUAUUUGAGAAGAGGAGCACCAGAACAAGAAUGUCCACAGAAACAGGGUUUGCUCUGCUGGGUGGGCACCCCUGCUUCCUGACCUCUCAGGACAUCCACCUGGGAGUCAAUGAGAGCUGCACAGACACAGCGAGGGUUCUCUCAGGACUCUGCGAUAUCGUCUUGGCACGAGUGAACAGCCACUCCACACUGGAGGAGCUGCAUAAGGAGGCCUCCAUCCCCAUCAUUAACGUGCUGUCUGACCUCUACCACCCAAUCCAGAUUCUGGCCGACUACCUCACUUUGCAGGAGCAUUAUGGGUCCCUCAGUGAUCACGUGUCAUGGCAUCAUUACCUUUUAACUUCAUUAUUUGGCUCUGGUCCACUACAGACGGGAAGUGUGUCCAAACCAGACUGGACCUUCCUGCAUUGUCUCCCCCGGAAAAUGGAAGAGGUGGAUGAUGAGGUCUUCUACUCAUCCCGCUCCCUCGUCUUCCCCGAGGCAGAGAAUAGAAAGUGGACGAUCAUGGGUCUGAUGGUGUCUCUUCUCACUGACUACAGUCCGCAGAUCCCCAUGCUCAAGUUUUAACUUCAGGCAUUAAGGUGGAGGUUUAAUUGUGUGUCAUGGUGUGUGACGGUCCCACUGCAGGUGCCUCUGCAUCGGUCAAUGUCAGAUUUCACAGAGUGGUAGCACCGUCAAAACACGAGACGAGUUACCCCAAAGUUAUUGUGUUUACAUUGUAAUAUCUGGUUUUAGAGCAUGGAUGCCAUUGUUUAAUUUUCUCGCUGUUCAAUUACAGGCCAAACUUAUCUGUUUACACCCUAUUUUUACUGUGAUAGAGGGUAAGAAUUAUGACGAGCAUGAGUCUCAGCUGUUACUACCAAGGAAAAAUAUUACUUAAAAUGUCCUCAUCUUGUUUAAUGUCACCCUGACUUGACAGUUUGGUCCAGUAGCAUCAAAAACUUGAAGGAGGAAGUGCAGUGAGCCUGAGUUGACCAAUCACUUGCAGUCUCCACAUGGUGUAACCCUGAGAUGUUUUUAUAUUUUUGAAGAAAUGCACAUUGGUUGCUGCACCUGAGCCCAUUAAAUGCACAAGUUUAAAUCCAAUUUAACUGCUUAAUGCUUUGUUUACAUAUAUCACUAAAGGACAGCACCACUGUUUCUUUAUGUUAUAGCCUAUUUAGAACAAAUUACACAUAUUGAACUUCAAAUGACAGAUUGAUUUCUAGAGUGAGCCGCACAGUUUUACAGUAUUGAAUCAGAAGAGUGAGAAAAUCAGUUGGUAAACAAUUGAAACUGGCCUGUCAAAGGGUUAUGUGUACUUUGUAUUGCUCACAGUUAGGUUCAAAUUGUAUGGCAUGGACAUCUUGUUGACCUUAUGGUCUAAGACAUAUACCAAAGUGUACCCCUCUCUUCCACCCAUGUCACUUGUCUGUCUCUAUUCCAUCCUAUUUAAUAAAAGAAAAUUGCCAAAAAUAUAUUCUGAAAAAAUAUGUUGUAUGGCACAUCACCUGUAAAGUGCAAAUUGGUUUUAAAAAUCAGUACUGUAUCACUAUACGGUGUUAAAAAAAUCCCAUAGAAAAUGGACUGAAACAAAAGUAUUGUUAAUGUCUUAGAGCAAUAGACCAUUAUUUGUAAGACUGAUAUGGUUAAAGAUGAUGUUUAUGUUUGUUUUAAAGUCUGAAUGUAUACAAAUGUGCCUUUCACAUCAUGCUCCUCACUUUUGUAAUUCCCCUCUGACUGUUAUGUAUUGUCCCUACAGAGUUUGUGAUGCAGUGACAAUUCAACAAAUUUGGAGAAUCAAAUUAUUUUUCACAAACUAUAAAUAAAGACAUUAC